AAAAUGGAUUCAGAUUCGUAUAUUUAAGAUGCCCUUUCUUAAUUUGUAAUGUUAAGAAGUCCAAAAGAACUAUUGUAAGCAUUUGGGACUUAAUUUUUGACAUUAGAAUAGAUAAGAUAACUGGUUGAGGUUUUUGAUCCUGCCAUUCCGAAUGAGAAAAUAAAACAUUUUUAUUUAAAGAUGAUUACAAAAUAUAAAAGUCCUUAAGGAAUAACAGCAGAUAUUUAUAGAUAAAUAGUGGAAGAUGAAGAAUUUACAUUAAGAGCUGGUGCAUCAAAUUCAUAUGAAUGUUUACCACUAUUAAAAAAUAUAAUAAGAGGAGUGAGAGAGAAGAAGGUACCUAUAUAAAGGCUAUUUAAUUAUUAUGACAAAAAUUAAGAUAAAGAACUGUAGGACCCUGAAUUUAGAAAUUUAUUAGAAUUUUUCUAUGUGUAAAUAACAGAUGAAUAAUUUAAAAAUUUGAGAAAAGAAUUUCCAGAUCAUCCUCUUAGUGAAAAGGUAAUUGUAAGUCUUUUUUAAAAAUGGUAAGAAAUCGUUUUUGAAAAUACUUAAGCUGCUCCAGAAAUAAUAUUAGAAGCCCCAUCAAGUAUAAAUAUAAUUUAUUGAUUUUAGAAACAUAAAAUUUAUUAACAGUACCAAAAUAAAAAACAAUAAGUUUAGAAUUAACAAGAGAAGAAGAUGAAAAAUUUUAAGAUUUUAUGGGAGUUGAUUUUAAGAUUCCAGGAGUUAAAGAAUUAGCAGACAUUUUAAAAAGAUGUUAAUAAACUUAAGAAGUGUUUACAGAUCCUGAUUUUCCACCAAGUGUUAAAAGUUUAGGAGUUAAAUUUAGUGGAAAUAAUUGGUAACGUUUAUAAGACUUUUUCAAAGGAGAAUAGAGAGUAUUUUCAUUGGAUACUUAACAUGAUAAAAGUAAUACUGGUUUGAAUAAAUGGAUAUCUCAUAGAGAUAUAUGUUAAGGUGAUUUAGGUGAUUGUUAUUUUAUGUCAACUUUAAGUUCAAUAGCUUGUAAAUGGUAUGAUAAUAAUUAUAUUAAUUUAGGCCUAAUUAAAUAUUGGAUCUAUUUCCAAUAUAGAGGGCUAACAAAUUUGGUGUUUAUGGUGUUAAAUUUUGUGUAAAUGGAGAAUGGAAGAUUAUUCCAGUUGAUGAUAAUAUUCCAGUUAGAAAUGGCAAAAUAGCCUUUACAAAAAAUACAGAUUAAGAGAUAUGGGUAUCAUUGUUAGAAAAAGCUUGGGCAAAAGUAAAUGGAUCAUAUACUAAUAUUGAUGCUGGAGAUCCAAGAGAAGUUAUUAAGACUUUAACUGGUGGUCCUGUUUGGUUAUUAACAACAAAUAAACCAAAUUUCAAAGAAAAUUUUAUUACUUGUGUAAAAUAGAAAUGUGUUAUGGUUACUGGUACUUAUAGUAAGAAUGCUGAUUAUUCUGCUAUUGGAUUAGAAGCAGGACAUGCUUAUUCUAUUUUAAAUGUUAAAACUGUUAAUCAUCCUAAAAGAGGAUUAGUUUAUUUAUUAAAAAUUAGAAAUCCAUGGGCUCGUAAAGAAUGGAAUGGUGAUUGGAGUGAUGAUUCAGAUUUAUGGACUCCUGAAUUAAGAGAACAAGCUGGAAAUACAGGUAAAGAAAAUGAUGGAAUCUUUUUUAUGUCAUUAGAUGAUUAUGCUAAAUAUUUCUAUUCAGUUUUCUGUGGAUAUUUUAAACCUGAAUACAUUUAUCAUUCUACGAGAUUAAAUGUCAAAAGGAAUAAAGGAAUGUAUUUUUCAUUUGAAAUUAAAAAAGAAGGAGAAUAUUUCUUUGCUAUUCAUUAAGAAUCUACUAGAAUGUAUAGAUCUUAACCAGAAUUAAAAUAUGAUUAUUCAUAUGUUAGACUCUUAUUGGCAAAAGAAUUAAAAAGCGGCUAUGAAUAUUUAGAAGGUAAAUUUUAUAAAGAUAUUGAAACACAUGUUGGAAGAGUUGGAGUCAAUUUUGUUCCUGGUAAAUAUAUUUUAUUCCUUAAAAUUAAAUGGCAUGUAAAAUCUUGGAAAGAACAUCCUACUAUUUUAAGCACUUAUGGAGAAUAAUUUGUACAAUUGAAAGAAGUUGGUAGAGAUCCAAAUCUUGUUCCUUAAGCUAUGAUGUAUCAAGUCAGAACAAAUAAUAAAGUUGAAGAAGUCUUACCAGGAGUCAUGAUGAAAAUGGAUAAUAAUGGAACUUUAGGGUGAAUUAUUAUUUAUUAUUUUUAGAAUUGGUUACAUUUAUUACAAGAAUGAAUCCAAAUAGUAAAUUAACUUUGAAACUAACUUAAUUAACUAAGGAGGAUGCAAAUUAAGUAAACCUGAAAGAGGUCUUUAUUUCAAAAGCUUUAUUCCACCUUAAGGUGAAAGAUUGGUAACAUUUACAAUCACACCUCCAAUAACUGAGUUAUCUUUACCAACAUUAAGCCAUAAAUAAUUAUGAAAGUUAUUAAAUUUAAUCCAAAA